AUGUCUGACGACGAGGCCGAUCCCGAACUACUGGCCCUCCUGCGACAGUCCCUAGGCCUGGGCGGACAUAACGGGCAUGCCACCGCACCACCGUCGACAGGCGUCCUGGAGUCGGCAGAAUACAUCUACGACAACGCCAUCGACGUGGCCAUCUCCAGCGCCGGCACCAAGAAGGCAGCAGAGCACAUCUACCACCUCAUGCAAUCGAAAAACUACUCGACGGGGACAUGGUCAACGCAUGAACUCCACCCCAAACUCUCCGAGCCGGGCUCGGAGGAGGAAACGGUGGUGAACUUCAUCUUCACCAUGAACUUGCUGAAUUUCUCCUUCUGGUCCGAGUUGCCCGAGGGCGAGAGGUUCGCCGUCGAGUACAAGGGGCGGCGGUGGACGGGAUACUGGUCUCUCAUCGCUGCGCUGCAGAGGGCCUUGGACGAGGGAUAUGCGAUCACGAGCCCGGACUUCUGGCAGGACCGUGAUGCUUGCCCGGACAAUGUCUUGGAACAUAUCUUCCGGUCUGCCACGCAGGAGCCGAUACCUUUGCUGGGAGACCGGAUUGCCAUCCUCCGCGAGGCCGGUGCAAUCCUCUACGAGCACUUUGGCUGCAGGCCAGCGAACAUCAUCCGGCGCGCGGACGGCUCCGCAGCCAGGCUGGUGAAUCUGCUAGUUGAAUACUUCCCCAACUUCCGCGACGUCGCCUCCUUCCAGGGCACCGAAGUCCGUCUGUACAAGCGUGCACAGAUCUUCGUGGCAGAUCUCUGGGCCUGCUUCCAGGGCACAUCCUACGGCUCCUUCUCCGACAUUGACUGCCUGACAAUGUUCGCCGACUACCGCAUCCCGCAAAUGCUCCAAGGCCUGCACUGCUUACUGUACUCUCCGCGGCUGGAGUCGAGGAUCUCCCGACGAGAGAUGCUCUCCGCGGGAGAGGACCUGGAAAUCGAAAUACGGGGCUGCAGCAUCUGGUGCGUCGAGUUGAUCAAAAGGGAGAUUUUGCAAAAGCACCCCGAGGCAAAAGGGAACGUCAAUGCCAUCCUGAUAGAUUUCUUUCUGUACGAUACCUGUAAGGAAAUGGAAAAGGGCGGAGAGAUAGAGGAGUUACUGGCACAUCAUCGGACAAGGUCGAUAUUCUAUUAG